UGUGUCGGUGUGUUACUUUACAUCCGGGUUCCUCGUCAUGCGUCCCUCCACACAGCUCCUCUCUCUGAGCUAGCAGUAGCCACUGUUAGCUGUUAGCUGUUAGCCGGAGCUAACGGAAGGCUUUGUCUGGAGACGGCUGAUGAUGUGAGCAUCGUUAGCAUGGUUAGCAUCGUUAGCAUGGUUAGCCGGUAGAUUAGAGUGGACACAGACGGAACAGCUAGCAGAUGCUAAGCUAGCAAAGGACUUCUGGACUGUUUCUGACAUUUGAGUCUGAAGUCAGUGACCUUCAUCCUCUGAUGAAGAUGAUGAUGAUGAUGAUGAUGAAGGCCCAGAGACCAGACAGACCAGGCUGCAGGAACAGCCCAACACUGCUCCACCUGCUGCUGCUCACAGGAUGCAUUGCUGCAUCUCAGAGGAAUGACAACGUCUAUGUGUCAGGGAUUUCCAACGCCUGUGGUGACGUUGCUGAGCUCCUCCGUGGGUCCAGUGGUGUCAUCACUAGUCCCGGUUGGCCUUUUCAGUAUCCGGCCAGACUGAACUGCAGCUGGAACAUUAGAGCUCGACCUGGAGACACCAUCACUAUCAG